UACACGACCAGCACUGUUCCUCAGCUGCUGGUUCAUCUCAGGGCAGCAGACAAGUCUAUCUCUUUCGGUGGUUGUGUAGCUCAGAUGUUCGUCUCUCUAGGGUUGGCAUCUACAGAAUGCAUUCUGUUAGGGGUGAUGGCAUUUGACCGCUACGCAGCUGUCUGCAGGCCCCUGCACUACACAGUGAUCAUGCACCCCCGUCUGUGCGCCCUGAUGGCUUCUGCAUCGUGGUUCCUUGGUUUUGUCAACUCCUCAUUGCACACAGUGCUCACCUUCCUUGUACCACUCUGUGGGAGAAAUAAAAUAGACCACUUCUUUUGUGAGGUCCCCCCACUGCUCAAGCUUGCCUGUGUCGACACCACUGUGAAUGAGUCUGAGCUCUUUGUCAGCGUGAUCAUUCUCCUCAUACCUGUGGCAUUAAUCACAUUCUCCUAUGGUCGGAUUGUCAAGACAGUGUUAAGAAUAAAGUCAGCUUCAGGGAAGAGGAAAGCUUUUGGGACAUGUGGGUCCCACUUCACAGUGGUCUCCCUGUUCUAUGGCACAGGCAUCUACAUUUACCUCCAGCCCAGCAACAACUACUCCCAGGAUCAGGGCAAGUUCGUUUCUCUCUUCUACACCAUCGUCACCCCCAUGGUCAACCCCUUUAUAUAUACCCUUCGGAACAAGGAUGUGACUGGAGCAAUGAAGAAGGUGCUUUGUAGGGGCUAUGACUCCAGAUGA